AUGACUUACACCACAAUUCAUAAGAUUCCUGCUCGAACAGUCAUCGAAGUUGAACCCAAAGCAAGUGAUGGCAUAGAGGCCAUAACCAUCAAUCACUGUGAUUAUGUAGACGUUCCAGAACCAAUUCCGAAAGGGAAAGGGGGACAUCCAGGAACAGCCAAGGGCCCGGGGUGCACAGCAGCCUGGAAAUGCAAGACUCGCAUCAAAAAACACAUUUUUGGACAUGCUGCUAUGUGCAAGUACAUUCUACAUCCAAUGAAAGAGGAACUUGAUGGUGGCUUAGCUGCUGACGCACCUUCAGCGAAAGUGGCCCGUCACCAAGCUUCGAAACCCAUGGCAGUAUCUAGCAUUAGCACAUCUAGCCCCAGUGUACCACCAACCACGGCCAAAAGCAUGAAUUUUGUUGAUGAGGAUGACCCCGGAUAUCUGCGCUGCAGUAACCGGGUGUUUGAUGGUAGUAAAGAUGCUCGUUUAGACGGUCCCGAGCUCCUGGACCUUCUCUCCGACAAGCCAAUCGAGAUGGAGGCUCAAAAUCAGUCACAAAUACCUGGGCCAUCUUCAGAGGUAGCUGGUGGUGGUCCUGUAGCCUGGAAGUUCAAUUUUUCUCAAAUUCUGUAG